GAUGAACUGCGGCAUGUGCUUCGUCUGGUCGGGGGGUUGACUCGGAACCCAAAGACGACGCAACAAACACGAAAUGUUUCAAUCAUUCUUUAUUUCUUUGAGAGUUCUGGGAAGACUGACUAAUAAAAUCAAACAAUCAAACAAACAAACAAUUUCAUUGGUUUACGCGCCUUUGAAGAAUUGGAGCGAAUAGAAUCAGUCUCGGUUGCCUCUCCAAGUCCUCCGCUCUUAAUGCCAGGAUCUAUAUAAGGCAAGCCCCUUUGUGUUACACACAUCUCGACAUCUUUUACCUCCUUCCAUGCUUGAUUCUCAACUCCAAGAAUGGUGAACGCAAAAUUAAGCAUAUGGUUAAAUUUCCUAGUCUUUGUGUUGAUCUUGCUGAGAGCAGAAGGUUGCAAUGUCAGCAUUACCUAUGUCCAGAGCGCAGUGGCAAAAGGAGCUGUUUGUUUGGAUGGGAGCCCCCCAGCUUAUCACCUUGAUAAGGGAUUUGGUGCAGGGGCUGAUAAUUGGUUGGUUCACAUAGAGGGAGGAGGAUGGUGCAACGAUGUCACAGAUUGUCUUACUCGAAAGAGCACUCGGUUAGGUUCAUCGAAGGAAAUGCUAAAGAGCAUUGCUUUCACUGGGAUUCUAAGCAAGGAGAAAAAAUUCAACCCAGACUUCUAUAAUUGGAAUCGAAUCAAGAUCAGGUACUGUGAUGGGGCAUCUUUUACUGGUGAUGUGGAAGAAGUCGAUCCAGCUACUAAUCUUCACUUCAGAGGAGCGAGGAUAAUUCCGGCUGUCCUAGAGGAUCUAUUAGCCAAGGGAAUGAAAAAUGCUACAAAUGCUGUUCUCUCUGGCUGCUCAGCUGGUGGAUUGGCUUCCAUUUUGCAUUGUGAUAGCUUCAAAAGCCUACUUCCUGUGGAUACUAAAGUAAAAUGCAUUUCAGAUGCUGGUUAUUUUAUCCAUGCGAAAGAUGUCACUGGAGCCCAAUAUAUUGAAAAUUUCUAUGAUGGAGUUGUCACAACGCAUGGAUCAGCAAAACAUUUGCCUUCAUACUGCACUUCACAAAUGAAAGCAGAGUUGUGUUUUUUCCCCCAGAAUGUGGUCAGACAAAUCAAAACACCACUAUUUAUAUUAAAUUCAGCCUAUGAUUCAUGGCAGAUACAUAACAUUUUGGCACCCGGUGUUAAUGAUCCGCAUGGUCACUGGCAUAAAUGCAAGGCUGAUAUUGUGCAGUGCUCACCUUGUCAGCUUCAAUCCAUUCAAGAUUUUAGAGCACAAUUUUUAGCAGCAUUGGCAAGGCUGGAUGGUGUUUCAUCUAGUGGAAGGUUUAUUGAUAGCUGCUAUGACCACUGCCAGUCAGAAAAGCAGGAAACAUGGUUUGGAGAUGAAUCUCCCUUACUAAAUAAGACCGUAAGAGAUUGCUCCAUCAUCUUCUUCUUCUUCAUAUUGUUCUAUUUUUUUCAUUCUCAUACACAAUUGCUAAAAGUGUCAUUAGAAAAUCUCAUAUAUUUCUUGCAUGAAUUAUGUGUAUAUACAUAUACACUGCAGACAAUUGCAGAGGCAGUUGGGGACUGGUAUUACGAACGGAGUACUUUCCAGGUGGUAGAUUGCGCUUAUCCAUGCAACCCUACUUGCCACAACCAAGUUUAUGGUUAAAAAGAACAACAAUACCCUCAUAGAGUGAAGAGAUACAAUUGGGUCAUAGUGAAAUUUAUGAAUGUUGAUUGAUAAGCCUGCCAAAUAAGUGAGGGACUCAACUCCACCGGACUUGUUGCUUGGGUCAUUGAUUGUGUGAUCUCUUAUCAUUAGUUCAAUAAAAUCUAUUUUAUUUGAGCUUA